GUAUGUCACAAGGAUCUUCUCCAGCAAUGAAGCCGCGAGAUUUCUCAGUUUCCAGAGCACACUUGGAAUCUAUUCCAUCGUUCACUACGUCUCUUUCUUGCCAUAUACAAACAGUCAUGAGAAUUUUCCGCUCAUAAUGUUGCCAUUUUCAAAUUCUGUCAGAUUCCUGCUUUCCGAUGCCUCGUCAUUACCACUGCAUCUCAUGUCGUUUGGUCUUCCUCGCCGCUGGGCGCGCUUCAAGUACCCAUAUAUUAAGCAGCACACCUGAUAAAUUACGACUUCCAGUCCCCCUCCAAAUUAGGUCCAGACUUGCUGCAAAUCGUAUGAUCGGUCCCAGGGUUCUGAUCAACCAUGCUAACCGCCCGAACAGCCAUGUGGAUGUCGGAGCAUGGACAGAGACAUCGAAGCUAAGUCCACGUGUGGACAGAUUCCGGAGUCGUUCCCCGAACUUCUUGUUCUAGACGGUGCCUUGUCCACCCGCCUGGAGAGCACUCUCGGUUCUGCCGCACUAUCGACGCCGCUAUGGUCAGCACCCCUCCCCACGUCCCAUCCGGACCUCAUCCGCUCGAUUCAUCUCGAGGCCUACCUAGCUGGAGCCAAUGUUGUCACGACCGCGUCUUACCAAGCAUCGCCAAUUGGUCUGGCAAAGCACCAAGGGCUGUCACCAGAAGAAAGCGCUUCCUUGAUUGCGAAGAGCGCCGAGCUCGCAAAAUCGGCAAGAGAAGAUGCACAGACACAUCUAACUGCAGCGGGGAUACCUGCACCUGUGCUCCUGGUCGCUGGAAGUGUCGGUCCAUAUGGCGCAUAUUUGGCUAAUGGAGCAGAGUAUCGCGGAGAUUAUGAACUGCCAUGGCCAGAGUUCAUGGACUUCCAUCGUCCGCGUAUUGCAGCUCUACUCGAUUCCGGAGUGGAUCUACUUGCUUUAGAGACGUUUCCAAACUGGGAUGAAGCGACUGCAGUGCUUGGGCUCCUGGAAACGGAGUUUCCAAUGGCAAGAUGCUGGCUGAGCUUUACAACCAGACCUGGCCACCCUGAGAUGAUCGCAGACGGCACAUGUUGGGACCAGAUUCUCCCGCCAAUAGAACGGAACGAACAGAUCAUCGCUGUUGGCGUGAACUGCAUCCCCCCUGAGGAGGUGGGUUCAGCUCUGAAAAGUAUCGUGCCAAACACGUCGAAGAACGUCUUCGUGUAUCCCAAUUCAGGGGAAGCCUGGGACGCAGAGUCGAGGCACUGGAUCGAAAAUGAUGCUGCAACUUUGGAUACUUGGGGUCGGAACGUUAGAGAGUGGGUAGCACUGGGUGCUUCUGGCAUCGGUGGAUGCUGUAGGACCACCUCCAAUCAUAUCAGGACGAUUCGCAAGGUCGCUAAUAAAGCAGAGAGGAAGAACUGAGAUACACAGUGACGCGCCUAGCCUGUACGGAGAUACUAAGGGGUUCGGUCAUCGAUGGAAUUAUAGUAUGUCAACACUGGAAUCCAGACAUUAUGGCCCUUCAAUUAGAC